AUGCCAGGUCUGGACUGCCUCUAGGGAUAACCUUCCCCUCUAGGAUGUGAAGGAGUAGCAUCUUGGCUGGAGAAUCCACAAAAAAUUGAUAAGGCAGGCUCAGUACUUCAGCAUAGGCCUUUUCUACCUUUUGACCCAGCUGUGGUUUUGUAGCAGUUUUGCUUUUGUCCUGAAAGAGGUGCUUUGGAUUAUCAGAGCUCCAUGUACGACAAUUUGUACCUGCAUGGAUUUGAAGAUUCGGAGGCGGGUUCAGCGGAUUCCUAUACAAGCAGACCUUCUGAUUCAGAUGUAUCGUUGGAAGAGGACAGAGAAGCGAUUCGUCAGGAAAGAGAACAACAGGCAGCUAUUCAACUUGAAAGGGCAAAGUCAAAACCUGUAGCAUUUGCUGUGAAAACAAAUGUGAGUUAUUGUGGAGCUCUAGAUGAAGACGUCCCUGUUCCGAGCACUGCCAUCUCCUUUGAUGCCAAGGACUUUCUGCACAUUAAAGAGAAAUACAACAAUGACUGGUGGAUAGGACGGCUGGUUAAAGAAGGCUGUGAAAUUGGCUUCAUUCCAAGUCCACUUAGACUGGAGAAUAUCCGAAUCCAGCAAGAGCAGAAAAGAGGACGCUUUCAUGGAGGGAAAUCAGGUGGAAAUUCUUCUUCAAGUCUUGGAGAAAUGGUGUCAGGAACAUUUCGAGCAACACCCACAUCAACUGCAAAACAGAAGCAAAAAGUGACGGAGCACAUCCCUCCUUAUGAUGUCGUGCCAUCCAUGAGGCCGGUUGUAUUAGUGGGGCCAUCACUGAAAGGUUAUGAGGUGACAGACAUGAUGCAGAAAGCCCUCUUUGACUUCUUGAAGCACAGGUUUGAUGGGAGGAUAUCCAUAACGAGAGUGACAGCUGACAUUUCUCUUGCUAAGAGGUCUGUCCUAAAUAAUCCCAGCAAGAGGGCAAUAAUCGAGCGGUCAAACACACGAUCCAGCUUAGCUGAAGUACAAAGUGAGAUUGAAAGAAUCUUUGAGUUGGCAAGAUCUUUGCAAUUGGUUGUCCUUGACGCAGAUACUAUCAACCACCCAGCACAACUUAUAAAGACUUCCUUAGCACCAAUUAUUGUCCAUGUUAAAGUUUCAUCUCCAAAGGUUUUGCAACGGCUGAUUAAGUCUAGAGGAAAGUCCCAAAGUAAACACUUAAAUGUCCAAUUGGUGGCAGCUGAUAAACUUGCACAAUGCCCUCCAGAAAUGUUUGAUGUUAUUCUGGAUGAAAAUCAGCUUGAGGAUGCAUGUGAACAUCUGGCAGAAUACCUUGAGGCAUACUGGCGUGCUACACACACAACAAGUAGCACCCCUAUGACACCUCUACUUGGAAGAAAUUUGGGCUCCACGGCACUUUCACCAUACCCCACUGCAAUCUCUGGAUUACAGAGCCAGCGCAUGAGGCACAGCAACCACUCUACUGAGAACUCUCCAAUUGAAAGACGAAGUCUGAUGGCCUCUGAUGAAAAUUAUCACAAUGAAAGGGCCCGGAAGAGUAGGAACCGCUUGUCUUCCAGUUCCCAACACAGCCGAGAUCAUUACCCUCUUGUGGAAGAAGAGUACUCUGACUCAUAUCAGGACACUUAUAAACCCCAUAGGAACCGAGGAUCACCUGGGGGAUAUAGCCAUGAUUCCCGACAUAGGCUUUGAGUUUAAGAACCUGUGGGGGGGGGGAAUAGUAUUCAUCAGUUGACAAUUUGCCAUAACAUAACUAGGACAAACUAAUCAUCUUAACUUGGCAGGUCAAGCACAGUGUUUGCUGUGCUUAUAAGCUGCUGUCAUUUGAUGGUAGGUAAAGGGCAAAAAAAAAAAAAAAACAUCAAGCCCUAAUGUUAGAGGGAAAUUAGAUGCCCAAUCAUAUAGUUGUGUUUUUUUUAGUGUGACAUUUACAUUAUAACUACCUUUUUCUUCAUUAGGUAUUAGACACAUCAGUUUGUAAUUUAGGGUACUUAUCAAGGCACAUAUAAAAUAAUUUCCUGUGCUGGAAAUUCCAAAUGACCAGUUCCAGUUGGAACCAAUUUAUAAACCAAUUCCUGUUGGAAUUUGGGUGAAUCAACUAGAAAGUCUACUUGAGCAUGUUGCAAUCAAUUGAAAAUUAAAAAAAAAAGCUAAUAAUAAGAAAAUCACAGUGUUCAAUACAAACCAAAAAAUAGCUACAGUAUUUAUUUGCUGGAAGCUAAAUUUACACUUAAGGUUGAAAUACAUAAAGAUUUUAUUAUGUGUUAACAUUUCCAGAAUGGCUUUUUCAGAUUUAACCAAAUGCAAAAUGGUGAUAGUGCCAAAAUUCUCAAAUUAAUGUGGCAGUUAUACAGUAUUCAUAGGAUUUAAUUAUUUUUGUUUUGUUUUCC